AUGGCAGAGCCCAACCCUCACCGAAAAUCCAUCGUAGCCGACCAUCCAAUUCGCACUUCCAACAACAUCCAGUACCUAACCGACGACGAGAUCUCCGAAUUCCUCGACGAUCUCGACCACAACAACGAUGGCUUCAUAAACUAUAACGAAGUCGAGCGAAAGCUCGACCAAGAGCACGCUGAGCUAGUCCCCAAACCGAGCGCCCACCACGUCAUACAGCGGGACCAUACCGAAGAUGACCGUGCGCGCCAUCAAUUCCUGCGCAGUAUGAUGGGCUCCGACGCGGAGAAGAUCCCGAGGGAUGAGUUUGCGAAGAUGGUCAAGGAGUGGAAGAUCCCGUCGUUGAAGCAGGCGAAGAAGGAGGAGGAUGAGGAUAAGAGCUAUAUUAAGCGCUUGCCGGGUUGGAGACGGAUUCGUUCGUAUUGGGCUGUUCAUGGGCCAGAGAUUGUGUUUCUGGGGGUUGUUAUCGGUAUGCAGUGCGCUUUUGGCAUCUGGCAAUUGGUCAAGUAUCAGACCACGCCUGGAUAUCGUGAAGCCUUCGGUUGGGGUGUCGUCAUGGCCAAGACUUGCGCUGGUGCGCUAUAUCCGACUUUCUUCUUUCUGAUUCUCAGCAUGUCGCGAUACUUUUCGACAUGGUUACGCAGGUCGUAUCACAUCUCACGAUUCUUCAACUGGGACUUGUCGCAGGAGUUUCACAUUCGAAUUUCUUGUGUUGCUAUUCUUUUGGCGACGCUGCAUGCCCUUGGUCACUUGACGGGAUCCUUUGUGCAUGGCAGCGAUCCUAAGAAUGAAGACGCUGUCGCAGAUGCUCUUGGUCCAGACAUGGUCCCUCGCCCGUACAUCGACUACGUUCGAUCGCUGCCAGGUUUCACAGGCAUCACUGCGCUCGGUCUCUUCUACAUCCUCUCACUACUCAGCAUUCCUCAAGUGCGAAAAUGGAACUAUGAGAUCUUCCAGCUCGGCCAUCUACUCAUGUUCCCCAUCAUUGGUCUGAUGAUGGCCCAUGGCACAGCCGCAUUGCUCCAGUGGCCCAUGUUCGGAUACUUUCUCGCUUUUCCAACCCUCCUCGUUCUCGUUGAGCGCGCAGUCCGUGUUUGCCUCGGCUUUCAUCGCAUAAAAGCCACCAUGAAGGUUCUGGACAAAGAAACAGUUGAGAUUACCGCCGUCAUCCCCAGCGAGCGACUCUGGAAGUACAAAGCUGGCCAGUAUAUCUUCCUCCAAGUUCCCAAGAUCAGCUUCUUUCAAUGGCAUCCAUUCACGGUCUCUUUUUGUCGGGGUAACAAGAUGAUGCUGCAUAUCAAGACCGACGGCAACUGGACAGCCAAGCUUCGCGAACUUGGAGGCGAAUCUGGAGAGUCUGAGAUUGAGGUUGGCAUCAAUGGUCCUUUUGGUGCACCCGCUCAACGAUUCUACGACUUUAACCAUUCAAUCAUCAUUGGCGCUGGCAUUGGCGUUACGCCAUUCUCCGGUAUCUUGGCGGAUCUGCAGUACAACGAUGACCUCGAUCACGGUGGCCCGAACCACGAAGUUGACCAUCCUCGCCAUGACUCUGAUAACAGCGACAACGUCCCAGAAUCCCCUACCAGGCAAGGAAGUGUCGGACGCGAUCUCAUCAACAAGGAGAAGCAGCCCCAAGCCGACCGUGCCGCCGCUUUUGCAGACGACUAUCGACGCGUUGAUUUUCACUGGAUGGUGCGCGAGCGAAACUACCUCCUCUGGCUCUCUGACCUUCUCAACGACGUAUCGAUGAGCCAAGACUGGCAUCGUGAGCACGAAGUCCAUCCUCAUCUCGACAUUCGUAUCAACACCCACGUCACCGCCAAACGCAAAAAGCUCACCACCCACGUAUACCGUUGGCUACUGGAGAUGCAUCGUACAGAUGAGCACCCUGCAUCACCUUUGACAGGCCUUCUCAACCCCACGCAUUUCGGAAGACCUGACUUUGACCAGAUUCUGGAUGAGCAUUAUGAAGAGAUGCUCAAGUUCAGGGCAAGUAAGAGAAAGAAUGGACGGGAUAAGGAGGAUGAGAACUAUGAAGAAGACGAGGAACUCAAGGUUGGCGUGUUUUACUGCGGUGCGCCGGUCGUUGGUGAGAUUUUAGCGGAUAAGUGUCGGGAGCUUACGUUGAGGGGAUGGCAGGAUGGUAGUAAGUUAGAGUAUCACUUCAUGAUUGAGGUGUUUGGUUAG